CACAAAUUUAUAUUAAUUAUCAUUUUUUUUAUUUUUAUUCCAGAAGUGGAUCAAAUGAAAAAUGCAGUCAAAAAUCUUGGACAAUAUGACAAAUAGACAAGAUUUAAUAAAUCGUGUGGAAAAUAUUGUCAAGUCAAUUAUACAACAAACAAUGGAUGGACAGCUACCAAUAAUAAAUAAUGUAUCAUCAUCUAGCAUUGAUGUUUUGAUUGAUAACGAUGAUGAAGAUGAUGAUGACUUGGAAAAUGAUGAAAUGAAUUUAGAAGAUAAAGAAGAAGAUGAUGAAGAAGAAGAUGAAGACGAAGAAUUGAUUGAUGAUCCAGAUAUAAUGCCAAAUGAUAAUCAUAAAAAUAUUGUCGUUAAUUUUUCUGGCAAAUGUGGAGAAUUUCAAUUACCAUUGAUGAUGAUAAUUCUUGCAAAAGCUCACAAAUUAAUAACAUCAAAUGCAUAUCAAACAAAAAGAUCAUUGUAUUAUGAAUUAAAAAGUGAAGGAUUAGUUGAUGAACAACGUAUUGUUGAUCAUUACAUAAAUAAAACAGCAUCAUUGCUUAAAUGUACAACUUGGAAUUUAGGUUUUAUUGGAACAGCAAAAGGCUUGAUGUCUGGUAAUAUUAAAUUGAGUCUUGAAAAUGAUCGUACAAUUGAUUGUGAUGCACUUGGUGGUGUAUUGAUACCACAAGCAAAUUCAAACAUCAUUAAAAUUGAAUCAAGUAUAUCAUUUAUUAUUGUCGUUGAAAAAGAUGCUGUAUUUCAAAAAUUAUUACUUGAAGAAUGUCCAAAAAAAUUUAAUUGUCUUGUUGUAACUGGCAAAGGUUAUCCAGAUGUUGCAACACGAAUAUUUUUAAAAUUAAUUAUAGAAAAGUUAAAUGUUCCAGCUUACAUUAUGGUUGAUGCUGAUCCACAUGGAAUUGAAAUAAUGUGUGUUUACAAAUAUGGAUCAGCUUCACUCGAGUGGGAAAAAUCAAGUCUCAUUUCAUCAAAGAUACAAUGGAUUGGUAUUGCACCAUCAGAAAUAUGGAGAUUAAAUGUCAAAUCACAUCCAUUGAGUAAUUGUGAUGAAAAAAAAUUAGAAUCAUUAGAAAAAAAAACAUAUUUAAGUGAUGAAAUUAAAAAUGAAUUAAAUAUAUUACGUCAAGGCAAAGUUGACAUUGAGGCUGUAUCAAAAAUAUCAACAAAUUUUUUAACUGAA